CCUAUGGAUCCUGUUCGGCCACCGUUCAGGGGCCCUGCUCCUGUCCACCCAUCUCAAUGUGUGCGGAUGCCAAGCUCUUGGCCAUCAGCUGCGAAACCUCUGGACCCCAGCCUGGGCAGGGCAGGACCUCUAGGGCGCGGUCACAUGUUUGGCAAGCCAGAGGAACCCAGCACGCAGGCUGGGCCACCACAGAAGGAGGCUGUGGGUCUGGUCUCCAUGUUCCGAGGCCUGGGCCUUGACGUGGCGUCCCGGACGUCUGUGAAACGGGAAAUGCCUCCGUCAGGGAGAGGCCUUUUAGGGAGAGGCUUGUCUGCCCACGUGCCACGCAAGGAGAAAGAGGAACCAGGUCUCACUUUGCCGGAUCCUUCCACGUUGGCAGCCAGUGAUAGCAAGAUGGCAGAAGCUUCUGUCGGCUGGAAUAGAAUGCUUGGAAGAGGGAGUUCGGAGGCUGCUCUAGUCCCACUGGGGAGAGCAGCUGGUGGCAUGAGCAGGGGCCUGGACAAGCCCCCCAGCGCCUUUGGCCUCACUUCCUGGAAUCCCCCACGGCUGUCCCCACCUCCCCCGCUGCCCCAGUCUUCACUGCAUUCUCCAGAAGGUCCUCUGCUCCUGACUGCAGAACACAAGGACAAAGAGGUUUUUGUGAAGCAGGGAUCAAAGGGAACCCCUCAGUCUCUGGGAUUGAACCUCAUCAAGAUCCAGUGUCAUAAUGAAGCAGUGUAUCAGUAUCACGUGACCUUCAGCCCUAAUGUGGAGUGCAAAAGUAUGAGGUUUGGCAUGCUGAAGGACCACCAGGCUGUCACUGGAAAUGUCACUGCUUUUGAUGGCUCCAUUCUCUAUCUGCCUGUUAAGCUUCAGCAGGUUCUUGAGUUAAAAAGCCAGCGGAAGACGGAUGAUGCCGAGAUCAGCAUCAAGAUCCAGUUGACCAAGAUCCUGGAGCCGUGCUCGGACCUCUGCAUUCCCUUCUACAAUGUCGUCUUCCGCCGGGUAAUGAAGCUGUUGGAUAUGAAGCUUGUGGGGAGGAACUUCUACGACCCCACGAGUGCCAUGGUGCUGCAGCAGCACAGGUUGCAGAUCUGGCCGGGCUAUGCAGCCAGUAUCCGGAGGACUGACGGAGGGCUCUUCCUGCUUGCUGACGUCUCCCAUAAGGUCAUUCGGAACGACUCUGUGCUGGAUGUCAUGCACGCCAUGUAUCAGCAAAACAAGGAGAACUUCCAGGAAGAGUGCAGUAAGCUUCUGGUUGGCAGCAUCGUCAUCACCCGAUACAACAAUCGCACCUACCGGAUCGAUGAUGUGGACUGGAAUAAGACUCCAAAAGAUAGCUUCACCAUGUCUGACGGCAAGGAGAUCACGUUUCUGGAAUACUACAGCAAAAACUAUGGGAUCACCGUGAAGGAAGAGGACCAGCCGCUGCUGAUUCACAGGCCCAGCGAGAGGCAGAACAACCACGGGAUGCUCCUGAAAGGUGAAAUCCUGCUGCUGCCUGAGCUUUCCUUCAUGACUGGAAUCCCAGAGAAAAUGAAGAAGGACUUCAGAGCUAUGAAGGAUUUGACCCAGCAGAUCAACCUGAGCCCGAAGCAGCACCACAGUGCUCUAGAGUGCUUGCUCCAAAGAAUUUCCAAGAAUGAAAUGGCCAACAGUGAGCUGACGCGCUGGGGGCUCUGUCUGCAGAAGGAUGUGCAUAAGAUUGAAGGACGUGUUCUACCAAUGGAAAGAAUUAACCUAAGAAACACUUCAUUUAUCACAUCUCAGGAUCUAAACUGGGUUAAGGAAGUAACCAGAGACCUUUCCAUCUUGACUAUCCCCAUGCAUUUCUGGGCGCUUUUUUACCCAAAGAGAGCAACGGAUCAGGCGCGAGAACUGGUUAACAUGUUAGAGAAGAUAGCCGGCCCCAUUGGCAUGCGCAUGAGCGCCCCAGCCUGGGUUGAGCUGAAGGAUGACCGCAUAGAGACCUACAUCAGAACCAUUCAGUCCAUGCUGGGAGUGGAGGGGAAGAUCCAGAUGGUUGUCUGCAUUAUCAUGGGGACCCGGGAUGACCUCUACGGGGCCAUCAAGAAGCUGUGCUGCGUGCAGUCCCCGGUGCCCUCCCAGGUCAUCAAUGUCCGGACCAUUGGGCAGCCCGCCAGGCUUCGGAGUGUGGCCCAGAAAAUCUUACUGCAGAUAAACUGCAAGCUGGGCGGUGAGCUCUGGGGAGUGGAUAUUCCUCUGAAACAGCUGAUGGUGAUUGGCAUGGAUGUCUACCAUGACCCCAGCAGAGGCAUGCGCUCCGUGGUCGGCUUCGUGGCAAGCAUCAACCUCACUCUCACUAAGUGGUACUCGCGAGUGGUGUUCCAGAUGCCACAUCAGGAGAUCGUGGAUAGCCUGAAGCUGUGCCUGGUGGGCUCUUUGAAAAAGUUCUAUGAGGUGAACCACUGUCUGCCAGAGAAGAUCGUGGUCUACCGGGACGGAGUGUCCGACGGCCAACUGAAGACGGUCGCCAACUACGAGAUCCCCCAGCUGCAGAAAUGUUUUGAAGCUUUUGAGAAUUAUCAGCCCAAGAUGGUGGUCUUCGUAGUUCAGAAGAAGAUCAGCACCAAUCUGUACCUGGCUGCCACCGAGCACUUUGUGACACCCUCCCCUGGGACUGUGGUGGAUCACACGAUCACGAGCUGCGAGUGGGUGGAUUUCUACCUCCUUGCACAUCACGUGAGGCAGGGCUGUGGCAUCCCUACGCAUUACGUGUGCGUGCUCAACACGGCCAACCUGAGCCCUGAUCACAUGCAGAGGUUGACUUUCAAACUGUGCCACAUGUACUGGAAUUGGCCCGGCACCAUCCGAGUCCCAGCUCCUUGCAAAUAUGCCCACAAGCUAGCCUUCCUGUCAGGCCAGAUCUUGCAUCAUGAGCCGGCCAUCCAACUGUGUGAGAACCUGUUCUUCCUGUGACUGCCCAGCCCAGGUCUCGGCUGGGCUGACUUCGGAGCUCAGCUUGACAGCAGUGUGUUCUCUUUCUCCAACCCUGUAGAAUAAGAUGUCUUUUGUUCUCCUAAAGCUGGUGUCGCCAAGAGCCAGGUGUCAGCUAGGAAGUGCCCUGUGUCCCUUGCAGAGCGGAGGGGAGCAGCACGCUGCGGGCUGGAGCCAGAAGGCUCCUCCUCGGCCAGCACGUGCUGCAGAAUCCCAGUUAGACCUCAGCGCUGUCCUCGCUGAGCAGUUCCCACCUCUGGCAGCAACAUGGAGCAGGCAGAUGAAACCUUUGCAAGUUUCUUAAAGCACAGUUAGUCCACACAGGCCACCUGGAGAGGCGAUGGAAAGGCCUCCUGCUGCAGCUGAUGGCUGCUGUGAAGGGCAUGGAAUAAAAUCGGCUCAUGGGAGAGUCAGUUCUUUGUGGGGAGUUUACAACGCCUGUGCCUUGAGUUGGAUGUGGAGGUGGCUUUCAGCUGUGCUUUGGCCUCCUGCAAGAAUCCAAGUGAAGUUGUGUUUAGUUUGUUUUUUUAAGUAUACCUUUCAGACGCAUUGAGGGAGAUCGUAUUGAGGUCUCGUUCCCUGCCAGUGUACGCACACGAGCGUUACCUCUUCAUGGCUGGCAUUCAGUUAAAUCUCUGUUGGUUAAGUUACAAUCUCAGCCCGCCGGCAGAGUUUGGGGUGAGGUGUGGGUGGCCUUGGUUGCUGUUGAGAGGGGGGAUUGCUCGCUUCUCUUGUGCAAUAACCUCUAAUUGGUGGUUGGUUCAUUUUGCCGGGAACUUUUUGGAACGCAGGCUGAGAUUUGCAGAAGUCGGCUUUGGAAAAACAUGACAUUCCUACCAAAGUCCAGACGGGACACUUGACAAGCGCUGCUUGUCCCCCGGGGCCUGCAGGAGUCAGUGUUUGGGGGAGACCCCGUUCUUCUGUGUUGGUUUCUCACCCCUCCCCCACUCUUAUUUUCAAAUCUCUCAGACCCUUCAGGCAGCUUUCCAACAUGGCUCGCCUUGGUGGGGUUUUAAAGGCCAGUUUUAUGCAACGUCUCAGAUUUGUAUUUAUUUUGGGGCUGAGAGUGGCAGGAAAGGAGACACAGUGGAAAUACCCUUUUCAUAUGAUGCUGUGUGAGAGGAGACACUUCAGCCUCAAAGUCCUUAAAAGAGGAAAGCCCAGAAAUUUCUCAGUUGGCUGCAGGACCCGGCACGGUGCCGGGAGCAAUGAGUGUGGCAGGUUCUCUGGGUUCGUGUGGAGUCUGUAACAUGGGGUGAGGCUGCGACCUGGAAUUUAAACCCUGUGACCUCGAGCUAAAUGAGCCCCUGGUCUCCGACUGAGCAGCCGAGUUUCUUGAUUUUCUUUGGCAGCAGUUUGAAUUUCACAUUACAAGUUGGAUUUCCCCCCCUUCUCUUAGCAAGAACAGGCAGACAGCUUGACUAGAAUCCUAAGAUGCCUUCACUUUUUAGUCCCAGUUUGCUUGCCUUGCUUUUCAGUUUUCAUGCCAAGUGAUUGGACCAUGAGGUGGAAAUAAAGCCGGUCUGUGGGGGUGCGCACUUGUGUCUGAAGUCGCGUCGUGUCUGUGUUGCCCGGUGAGCUGCUGCUCCUGCCACAGCGGCCGCACUCCCUGCAUCCCUCCGUGCUGACCGGGCGUGGCAGGCCGGGCCCCACGGUG